AUGGAAAAACUCAAUAAGUUUGUUUGGUCCUCACAUUUGACGGUUCCUGAGUUUGAAAAAGGUUGGGAUGAUGUGCUUAAGGAAUUUGGAUUAAGUGAACAUGUCUGGUUGAAAGAGAUAUAUGCAAUGAGGGAAUCAUGGAUUCCUGCUUUCUUUGCGGACAAGCCAAUGGGAGCCUUAUUGAGAACAACCUCAAGGUCAGAGAGCAGUAAUUUCUACUUUAAUCAUUUCGUCCAAAAAGGGGAUACUCUUUCAGAGUUCUACUUGUGUUAUGAGAGUGCUAUUGACAAACAAAUGCAUGACCAAAACAAAUUGAACACCACUGACAAGAAUUGUAUUCCACAAUCUAUUACUGAGAAGGCUAUUGAAAAGCAUGCAGCUUGCCUUUAUACUCGAAGUAUGUUUUAUAAGAGCUUGAAUGGUAAGUUGUUUGAGGUUGAAUUUUGUUUGUCAACAUAUGAUAUUAGCUGUUCGUGCAAGCUGUUUACCAGAGUAGGCUAUCUGUGUCGUCAUUGUUUCUAUUGUUUGAGUUUGUGGGGUGUUGAUAAAAUCCCACAUCAGUUCAUAUGUAAGCGUUGGAUGAGGAAUGCAGAGAGAUUUUGCAAAUUGAAGUUUACUGAUGAAAGCGAAUGUGCUACUGAUGGGCAUAUCAGUAGAGAAAUUGCAAUGAGGAUAUGGACAGAAUAUCAAGCUUGUGUUGAUAAUGUUUGCAAUAACCAGAAAGGUUUAGAGUAUUUGUUGGAUGAGAUGAAGUGCUUAAGGAUUAGAGUUGAAGAGAAAUUUGAUAAACGUCCGGCAACAAAAGAUGAUAUGCUGGAAGAGAUUUUUGGUGUGAGGCCUUCAGGUUCAAGUAAUGUACUUCCACCACUGCCAAGUAACAACAAAGGAUGUCUUAAAAGAAUUGUUGGUGGUGCAGAGUUAAGUCGUGAUGGGAAGAAAAGACCAACCAGGACAUGUAAAUUUUGUCAUACUCUUGGGUAUCAUGAUUCACGCAACUGUCCGAAGAAACUCCUUGUUAAUCAGCAGAUUCCAACUAUUCCUAAUAUACAAGUAUCUCUUAGUCCUAGCCUCUACUCUCAAAAUAUGACUAGUUAG